AUGGUUGGCACAAGGAUGGAUACGAUCCGCCUCCGGAAGUGGAAGAGCAAGUCCCAAGCCCCCUUACAGAAGCCCGGGAUGAACGCAGAAAUCCCAGUGCCCACGCGCUGCUCCUCCACCGUGUGCACAUACUGGACCGACAUCGACAAGAUGGCCACCCAAGAUGGCCCUUCGUACAGCAAUACCGCAGAGGACCCGUACCUGCGAGCGUUGAAACAACUGUCGGCAAGCCACCACCCGUCCCUCGACAAUCUUCCACUUGACCGGCCGACGGCCAGCGAUACGGCCAACCCGAGACCACCCCACGCGUCACCUGCAGGAAACCAGGCCGAGAAUACGGGACGGGAAAUAGGGCGGAGGUACCACAGACGGGCGGACGGCGGUGUUGAUGUGGAGUUCGUGGAUGUUUCCGCCCACCAACACCAUCGCCACAGCACCGUCAGCAAAGUGCGCCCGGCCAUUGGCGUCCAUUCUUUUCACGCCGCCUUGCACGGAGAUAACGACCCCCGGCAGAGCUUCGAGAUGGACCGCACUGCUCUAGCUCACCCGGCCUUCCGCAAGCAGGAGGACCGAGAGGCCCGCAGAAGGAGGUGGUCCCGAUGGCACACCUUGUCCAAGACGAAAGAGCAGCCUUGGGUUGCCAACGGGCUCUUCUGA